ACAAGCGCACGCGCACUCACAACAAAACGAGCAACGAGCGAGCGAGGUUCAAGAAGUUUAAUUGUUGAACUGUUUUGAACUUGUUUUCUUGACUUCUCAUAGGGAAUUGAGUAAUACCUCAGGUUAAUUGUUACUUAUCCUACGGUCGCGAAGAUGGCAGACGUCUUGGACAUUGAAAACGCAGAGGAAUUUGAAGUAGACGAUGAAGGUGAUGAGGGCAUUGCCCGCAUGAAGGGUAGAGCUCGCAAGCGCAAGGGUCGUGGAUUUGGUCCUGAGAAUUCUGCGAGGGAAGACAUUCGCCAUUAUGAAACUAUGGAAACUGAAGAUGACGAUGGGGAGCCUGGACCACAAAGAUCCGUUGAGGGGUGGAUUCUAUUUGUGACCUCUGUUCAUGAGGAAGCUCAAGAAGACGAUAUUCAUGACAAAUUCUCUGAGUUUGGAGAAAUUAAGAACAUUCAUUUAAAUUUGGAUCGUAGAACGGGUUUCUUAAAGGGAUAUUGCUUGGUAGAAUUUCAAACCUAUAAGGAAGCUGCAGCAGCCCGUGAAGCUCUUGAUGCCUCAGAUUUCCUGGGUCAAAAAAUCAAUGUUGACUGGUGUUUUGUUAAGGGUCCGAAAAGGUCCAAGAGCUCUUCACGAAGGCGCCGUUAAUUUUUGGGCUAUAGUCAUAAAACUGUAACCCUUUCCUCAACAGAAUUUUUUUACACUUGACCUUUAAUUUACCUAUUGUAUAGGAUAUUCUUUUUUGAUCUGUAAGUUUGCGUGAAGAUAAUAUUUUGUGUUUGAUUUUUUUGUGUUAAGAAUCAGAAAUAAAUUACAAAUCUUAACAAAGUCAA